AUGAAUGUGAUUCCAAACGUUUCCAGUCAUUUUGUGUGCAUUGGAGCAAAUCGGCGCCAAUUCGGUGCGAAAACUCUCACGACGCUACCGGAGGCUGGUGGCAUACUUUCCGAGCAGACCUGCUGUCAACCUCGACAGCCAAAGGCAACCUCUCUCGGUACGUGUUCAUCUUCAAUUCGUCAGUCAGUUAUCCCUUCUUGGUCAGCCACAUCAGCCGUCGAUAAAAACCAUCGCCUCAGCCCCAUUUGGGUUUCCCGGUUUAUCCGGUGUUUCGAUUCCUUGCUGGAAAAGAAUUCACUUGACAACGUUUUGACAACGACAUCACAAGGCCUAUGGAUGAGUUACACGUUAGGCUACAGGGCUUAG